AUGCAAAACCUAUUUCAACAUAAGCAUCAGAGAUUGAUCUUACAGUGUUAUCCCGCGGGGAAAGCAGUGGACAAGAAAGCAAACUCGUCGGAAUUAAGUUAUUUACUAUACUAUGCCUCGUCUAGGCGAGUAAAGUUGGAAAAGGUAAUUACUUUUCUCAAGGAAAGAACCGACAAAGACGCCUAUAGAAACAGAGCAGGUAACUUACAAGUGACAUUACAAAUAGUCAAAGGCUUAAUUGAGAAGUGCUCGGGUAAUUUGAACGUUUUUGCCCAACAGGUAUGUGAUAUCUUACAAACAGUUUUGGACACGCAAGAUGUCGCCCUAUGCAAGAAUGCAAUAAAAACGUUUGCCGUCUUGUGCGAAAAACUGGACGGUCCUUUAUUCACCGGUGAUAAGACAUUCGUACUUAAAUUUACGCAAUUGUCUCAGACAUUCAUUUCAUUCGGAACAAAAAAGACUGGGCCGAAUCAAUAUGAAUGGCAGAUGAUAUCACUUAUGGCAAUUAACCACGUCUCAAAAUGUUUGGGCCAUAGCUCGGCCGUCAGUGGAAAGUUAAUCUCCAUGUCAAUACCAAUGUUAACUCAGGCAAUCAAAAGUAAUAACUCUCAAACUGGGAUUCUAACAAGAUUAAAGUUGAAUGUGAAUGAUGAAUCGGUUGAAGAUAGAAGGCUAUCACGAGUUGUGCUGGCCAAAACUCAGCAAGAUAUUGCUCGACAAAUCGAUGAAGAUUUCGCUAAUGACGCGUUAACUUUGGAUGAUAUCACCGAACAAGCAUACACCUGUAUGGCGGCAUUUUUCAAUACCACUUCAACAAGUCAAAUUUGGGAAGUAACCAAAGCCGUGGUACAAAACAAUAUUGAUAGUCGAGUUGAUUUAGAAUGGGGGAUUACCUUUUUAGAAUUAUGUGUUUCAUGGACUCCAGUUCAGCUAAGAUUCAUCAGUUUAUCCAGUUUACUUUCAACAUUGACUCGGUUAACCAAUGAUGCCAGUAAGAGUGCCAACUACAAUAUUCGAUAUCAAUAUGCUCGACACUUGCUUGGAUUGUUGUCUUCUACAAGAGUCAAUAUGAUUGGUCUUUCCGUAGCCGAUAUUAUCCAACAAUUACUUACUUUACAAACUGACUUGUUCUUAAAGAUCAACAAAUUCACCCGAGAACAAUGUAACACAUUAACUGGAAUAUAUUCGGAUUGUAUGUGUAACUUGGCUACCCAUAUUUAUUAUCAUGAUCAAGUCCCUGAUUCGAUUCAGGAAAUCUUAUCCAAAGUUGAUGGUGUUUUGGCUGAUUCAUUUACCAAUGAAAAUCAAUUGACAACAUAUACCGGCGAACAAGUAUUUGAUUUAAUCAUUCAAUUGCUUGAUAAUAUCACUAAGAUUUUCCAAAUAUUGAAAUCAAGCUCGAGUACAAUCAGUCGUAAUCAUGUUACGUUGGAACAUUGGGAUAUCAGUUUGGGAAUUUUGGCUCCUCAUCAAGAAUUUCCCGAGAAGCAUACAAUUUUAACUGACGACCAUAUCAAUACCAUUCAAUUAAAAUUCUUGGAAGUAUUUGAUGAUUUCUUAAAUAAUGAAUUGGCAGUACAACAAAAAUUUGAUUCUACACAUGAACAAUCUAGUCCCAGAGAUUCAGUGGAAAGUCUUAACAACAGUAAUGAUGAAGGAAAUGAUUAUUUGACACCAAAUAUCAACCAAUACAUCUUUGAGCAACAAAACUUCAUAAGUCAUUUCUUGAUGUAUGUGGAUAAAUUUUUGGACAAUAAUGUUAUGGGUGAUAACUUAAAAGUCAUCACCACUUUGGUAAAGGUCGUCAAGAACAUGGUUAACAUCCUCGGAUUAAAUCUAUUAAGUAACUUCAUUCCAUUUUUCCAUCAUUGGCAAUUGAAUACAAAGAAUGCCCUUGAAGUUGCCCAUAUUCAGAAAUUUAAAGAUACAUUUGCAUACAUUGUGUUUUAUUAUAUCGUGGAAAGUUUGGAUGGUCAGUACAGUAUCCUUGAGGAUUAUUGCAGAACUUCCAAAUUGUUCCAACAAUUAUUUGAAGGGAUUGAAUACAGAAAGAAACAUAAACUUUGGAUUUACGGAAUCGGUAGUAUUCCUACUGAAUUUGAUAAUGCCAAUGGUAACAAAAAUGGAGUUUCCACUGAUGAUAUCAUCAUUUUCAGAAUCAAGAAAAGUGAUAUUGAAGCAUUCGCAUGCGAGAGCAACUUUUUGAUUCAAUGGCUAUACCCAUUAAAGCCCCUCAUUACAGAAAUUGACAAGGCUUUAAUUGGAACAGGAGAAUCCAGAAACAAUGAUCUUGAAUUUGCAAUGCCAAUAUCUCCUUCAUUACAACCUGAAUAUGACCAAUCGUCACCAAGAAUUGCCUCUGUCUCGCCAACUAGUGCAUCAUUCAAUUCCGAGAAGGGGUUGUAUACCGGGUUAGGGCUUGGAACAGCUGGUGAUAUAACAUCAAUCCAUAAUGAGAUUUACCAAAAUAGCCAAAGAUCUCAUCAAAAACGUACAGACCAUAAUUCGUUCUUGGCCCCUGUCAAUGGAAAUGGAUUCGGAGGACUGGCAGGUGGAGAUUUUUCAUCCCUUUAUACAUCCGACAGUAAAGGUUUUGUACGGGUGUCCGAUUUAAGAGAGGUGAUAUCUUCAAACACCAGUUUAAGGAGACCAAGUUUCCAAUUGAACGAUCAUGCUACUAAACAUGCUAGUCCAGGAUCAGUUUUAACUAGGAACAUAAUGACUACGCACGUGGAUUCUAUACUAGAUGAAUUGGACAGUGAAGAUGAUUCUGCAGUUGUUGUUUAG